AUGGCGGCGGCGCACGCCGCCCAUAGCAAGGCGGCCGCCGACGCCAUCACCAUGCUGCAGCAGCGGCUGCAACGCAGCCAGCGGGCGACCGAGAAGCAGGCCGAGAAGAACAGCAAGCUGAGGGAGGAUUUGGGGACCAUGCGCGGCGUCGUGGCGGAAAUGAAGAAGGCGCUGCAGCGGGUGAUCGACGAGAACGCAGACAUCAAGGCGCAGCUCGACAAGGCGCAGGGCCCCGACGGCGAGCUUGCACGCUGCCAGAUGGAGGUGGAGGCGCUCAGGAAGGAGCUGGAGGACACCAGGACGCAGAGCGAGGCGGCCCUCCUCGAAGAGAGGCAGCGAAGAGAGAAGGCCGAGGCGGCCGUCGACAAGGCCGAGGCGCUCAUCUCCGAGGCCGCGGCGAUGCGGGAGACCAUCGAGCAGAACAUGCAGGCCCUCGUCGAGCACCGGAUGGCCACUGAAACAUCCAUGCGAGGCGCAGGGGACCGGCAGCUUCGGCGGUCUGUCGCGCACAGCAUGCAGCAGGCGGAGGACACGUUGCGAACGGUGCUGGAGUUCAGCGCGACGCUCUCGGACGGCCUCUCCGACGCGCUGCUGUCGCGGAGCGCGCAGCGCGCGGCCCUGGGGGGCUCGUGCCCGCCGCCGGCGCCGCCUCUGCUGGGCGGCGGGCCGCCGUCGGGCCGGGGGGUGCUGGGGGGGGUCAAGCCCCUCGCGACGGUGUCGAACAACUUCCGGCACCGCGCGAGCGCGCAGGCGCGCGCAGGAACGAAGCCCGGCCACGUCCUGCCCGGGGGGGGGUCUUUGGUGCGCCGGGUGCGACAGGAAGGCAAGGCGGGCACGGAGCGUCUGGUGAGCGUGAUUGCGUCGCUGGAGGACGAGAUCGCGGUGCUGGACGACCGGCACGACAAGCUGCUGCGGGAGGCGCAGGAGCUAUCGGACGAGGUGGAGGGGGUGCGCGUGGGGACGGAUGCGGAGGAGGGGGGGGGAAUGAGGGAGUCCGCGGGGGGCGAGCGGACGCCGGCGGCGGCGGCGGCGGCGGCGCGGCUGGAGGAGGUCACGCUGAUGGUGGGCGAGGUGCAGAAGCGGAUGCGGGCCAAGGGGCAACAGGUGCAGCAGCUGCGGACGCUGGCGGCGGCGGCGCGGCAGGCCCGGGGCCGGUGA